CGGGUGUUCCAAUCCCCUCCAUAUCAUGUGAUUCAGGUGUUCCAAUCCCCUCCAUAUCAUGUGAUUCAGGUGUUCCAAUCCCCUCCAUAUCAUGUGAUUCAGGUGUUCCAAUCCCCUCCUAAUCAUGUGAUUCAGGUGUUCAAAUCCCCUCCCAAUCAUGUGAUUCAGGUGUUCCAAUCCCCUCCCAAUCAUGUGAUUCAGGUGUUCCAAUCCCCUCCAUAUCAUGUGAUUCAGGUGUUCCAAUCCCCUCCCAUAGUGUUAGCUAAAGACCUCCAAUCAUUGUGUGGCAUUUUCAGAUGAGCCAAACAACCCGUAGAGAGCUUCAUGGAAUUGGGUUUUCCCAUGGC